CACUUCCUCACCUGGGAUCCUAUCUUAAGAUGGACCAUGCUGUGAUCUUCCUGUGGGUACUCCUUUCAGCUGCAGCUUAUACAAGAGGACAAAAUGAAGGAGACCUGCGGCUCGUCAAUGGGAGACAUAGAUGUGAAGGACGGCUUGAGGUGUUUCACGAUAGAAGAUGGGGAACCGUCUGUGAUGAUGCCUGGGACCUCAACGACGCACGCGUUGUGUGCAGGCAGCUUGGAUGUGGAAAUGCUCUCUCGUCAGUGGGGAGUGCUCACUUUGGCCAGGGUACAGCGGAUAUUUUUCUGGAUGACAUAUCCUGCGUUGGGAACGAACUCCGCUUAGAACAGUGCUCUCACAGAGGCUGGGGAAAUCACAACUGUAACCACAGAGAGGAUGCUGGUGUCAUCUGCUCAGGUCUUCUCCUGACCACUUUGGGCCCUGAAGUCACUACCGUUGGGAGAACCUCUGAGACGACAACCACAGGAUCUGUUCCUCUUGCAAAUUCGACAUCAAGCUCUUUACAAACGGUCUCAUGUUCUGGAGAGUACAUGGUUGCACGGAUCAGCAGAGCCUAUAUUCAAUCACUAGGUUAUAAGGAGUCGGAUCUGUACCUGAAUUCUUCAGAUCCAACAUGUGCCUCUCAGAUUUCGCAAGCCUACGUUAUCUUCAAUAUACCAUUCAGUGGCUGUGGAACAGUGAGACAGCAAAUGAAUAAUAACACAAUAAUAUACUCAAACAUCAUCAGGACACUCGUCUCAGGUUAUAUCAUUACAAGGAAGAGAAACUUUCAGUUACAUGUCAUGUGUGAAAUGAAUGAGAACACAGUUGUGGAGACAGCAUUUCUUGCCCAAGACGCGGUUGACAUUGUUGAGAGACAAUAUGGCCAUUACAACGUGACUCUUGCAUUCUAUCAAUCACCGUCUUUCACCUCUCCAGUUUAUGCGUCUCCGUAUUUUGUUGCACUUAAUCAGAAUUUAUAUGCCAAAGCUACUCUCCACAGUUCGGACUCAAAUCUGGUACUGUCCGUAGACACAUGCGUAUCAUCUCCAUACGCUGAUAACUUCACAGAUUUGACUUAUGACUUAAUCAGGGAUGGAUGUACACAGGACUCUACCUACAGAAGUCUGUAUUCACCAAGGAGUAAUGAAGCUCGCUUCCAGGUCAACUCUUUUAAGUUUCUUAAUCAAUACAAUGAAGUUUAUCUGCAGUGCAAGCUAGUAGUGUGCCGGGCAGAUGACUCCUCCUCCCGAUGCUACCAGGGAUGUUUAACUAGAAGAAAGAGGGAUGUGGGUGAACCUCAGGAGAAGGUGGAGGUUGUUGUCGGACCAAUCAAGCUCCAGGAAGAAGACAAGGAAAAAAGAAAACAGGACCUGGUUCAGAGUGUACAUCCAGGGAAACGUGAUCCAUUCAUCCCACUUACUGUUGCUACUGUGCUGCUAGCUGGCAUGGUAUUUGUUCUGUCUGGCUUUCUUCUAAGCAUUAAACUCAGAAGAAAUAAUUAUCAUCAAAUCUACUGAUACCAGUACAGUGGCAAUAUAAACAGGCCACAGAAUUCCAUAAAGCACAUAUUUUUAAAAAUGUACCUAUAACAUGUGUUUCUGAACGGGGUUGGUUUUUUUAAAGAUUACACUUGGGAAUCAGUUACGUCAAUGGAUGUUCAUGUUCACUGAGUAAGUUAUAGCUGGAGUUGUUGGGCUGCAAAUCCCAUCAUCCCUCACUACUGGCUCGGAUGUCUAGGACCACCAGCAGUAGCUAUCCAUUCUAAAAGCCACCAGGUUUUCCCCCCUUCCCCCACCCCACCAACCUCUUAUAUCUAGUGAUACUUUGGUAGUGGCUGUCACUUCCUUUGUAAUGUUUGGUUCCUGUUUUGUCUUUGUUGAGUAUGUCACUUGAAUAAAGU